AUGGCUGCCAACAACAUGGUUAACCCUCCCACCGACGCUGAGCUCGAGGAUAAGAUCUUCGCUCAGGAAGUCGAGCAGGUCAAGCAGUGGUGGAGCGAUGCGCGAUGGCGGUACACCAAGCGCCCCUUUACCGCGGAACAGAUUGUCUCCAAGCGCGGCAACCUCCCCAUUCAGUAUCCUGGAAACCAGCAGUCUAAGAAGCUGUGGGGGAUCCUUGAGAACCGCUUCCAGAGCCGUGAUGCCAGCUACACCUAUGGUUGUCUCGACCCCACCAUGGUCACUCAAAUGGCCAAGUACCUAGACACCGUCUAUGUGUCCGGAUGGCAGUCCUCGUCCACCGCCUCGUCGACCGAUGAGCCCGGCCCCGAUUUGGCCGAUUACCCCUAUACUACUGUUCCCAACAAGGUUGGCCACCUCUUCAUGGCCCAGCUCUUCCACGACCGAAAGCAGCGCCAGGAGCGCCUUGCCACGCCCAAGGAAAAGCGAUCCGCCGUUGCCAAUAUCGACUACCUCCGUCCCAUCAUCGCCGAUGCCGAUACUGGACAUGGCGGCCUUACCGCCGUCAUGAAGCUCACCAAGCUUUUCGUUGAGAAGGGUGCCGCCGGUAUCCACAUCGAGGACCAGGCUCCCGGAACGAAGAAGUGCGGCCACAUGGCCGGAAAGGUUCUUGUGCCCAUUAGCGAGCACAUCAACCGUCUCGUUGCCAUCCGAGCUCAGGCCGAUAUCAUGGGUUCCGAUCUUGUCCUCGUUUGCCGAACUGAUGCCGAGGCCGCCACCCUCAUCUCCACCAGCAUCGACCCCCGUGACCAUGCUUUCAUCGUCGGUACUACUAAUGCCUCGCUUCAGCCUCUUUCCGAUGUCAUGGCUGCCGCUGAGCAGUCUGGAAAGACCGGCGCGCAGCUUCAGGCUGUUGAGGAUGCCUGGAUUUCCGAGGCCAGGCUAAAGACCUUUGAUGAAGCCGUUGUUGAGGCCAUCAACGCCAGCCAGGUCAGCGACAAGAAGGGAGCGAUCUCCCAAUACCUCGCCCAGGCGAAGGGCAAGGGCAACGGUGAGGCGCGACAGAUUGCCAAGCGCGUGGCUGGCCUCGACCUCUACUUCAACUGGGACGUCCCCAGGACGAGGGAGGGUUACUACAGGCUCAAGGGUGGCUGUGAGUGCUCUGUAAACAGGGCUAUCGCUUAUGCGCCUUACUGCGACGCCAUCUGGAUGGAGAGCAAGCUUCCCGACUAUUCCCAGGCCGAGGAGUUUGCCAAGGGCGUCCACGCGAAGUGGCCUGAAAUGAAACUCGCCUACAACCUUUCACCCUCUUUCAACUGGAAGACCGCCAUGCCCCGUAACGAGCAGGAGACGUACAUUCGCCGCCUCGCCAAGCUCGGUUACUGCUGGCAGUUCAUCACUCUCGCUGGCCUCCACACCACAGCCCUCAUCAGCGAUCAGUUUGCCAAGGCCUACAGCAAGGUUGGCAUGAGGGCCUAUGGCGAGCUUGUCCAAGAGCCGGAGAUGGAGACUGGCGUUGACGUAGUCAAGCACCAAAAGUGGAGCGGUGCUACUUACGUUGACGAGCUCCAGAAGAUGAUCACUGGCGGCGUCAGCAGCACCGCGGCGAUGGGUGCUGGUGUCACGGAAGAUCAGUUCAAAUAA